CAUCAACCUGGGCUGGAACCAGUUUUGCGACCAUGGCCGCCGAACUCUCCGCCGCGCCCGUUCUCUCGACGCCGGCCGAACACGUCUUUGAGCACGCCGUUUUCGCAUCAGACACCGAGUCUCAGGCACCACCCAGAUCAGACGAUGAGCUGCGCGAACUUUACGAGAUUGCCCGUACGGCGAGAGAGGUGCGCGAGGGUGGCUGGAGAAGGAUAGCCCUCCAGUUCCCCGACUCCAUGCUGCGGGAUGCGCCCCGCGUAAGUCAAACAUUGAAUGCCGAGCUUGAGUCUCUCCCGAAGACAGCAGAGCAGUUUGGGCCUUCUCCCGAGAGGAUAUAUAUACUCGCCGAUACAUCGUACAGCGCCUGCUGCGUCGAUGAAAUCGCGGCUGAACAUGUCGACGCCGAUGUUGUGGUGCACUACGGGAGAUCGUGCCUUUCUCCAACCUCCAGGUUGCCCAUUAUCUAUGUUUUUACCCACCAUCCCCUCGACCGCGAGGCAGCGCUCGCCGCGUUCGAGACACAACACCCAGAUAAGGAUGCGAAGGCUGUCCUCAUGGCGGACGUGACCUACCAAGAUCACAUCCCGAGCCUCGCAUCCGAGCUACAAACCCGCGGCUACACCAACCUCCUCUCCACAUCCAUCAUUCACGACCCAACCGGCCAGAUCCCCAACCGCAAGCUCGUCACCCCACAGGGCGCCGAUAUCUCACCCGCCGACAUCGAUCUCAAAUCCCACGCCAUAUUCCACAUUUCCACCCCGCCAACCGCCCUCCUGCUCGCCCUCUCCUCCCGUGUCCAGUCCCUCCACAUCCACCCGACCUCCUCUUCCUCCAGCCCACCCUCCUCCGCCCCAUCAUCCUUCUCGACCACCCGCCUCCUCGGCCGCCGCUACGCCCGCCUCCUGACUCUCGCGUCGGCAGGGAUCAUAGGCAUCCUCGUCAACACCCUCUCCGUGUCCAAUUACCUGUCCUCGGUCGACGCCAUCCGCAAACAGAUUGCCGCGGCGGGCAAGAAGAGCUACACUGUCGUCGUUGGCAAGCUCAACCCGGCCAAGCUGGCAAACUUUGCCGAGGUCGACGGGUGGGUUGUCGUGGGCUGCUGGGAGAGCUCGCUUGUCGAGGACGAUGCGGGAUUCUAUCGGCCUGUUGUCACGCCUUUUGAGCUUGGGGUGGCGUUGAUGGGGGAUGAGAAGAGAGUGUGGAGUGGUGAGUGGUGGGGCGGUAUUGAAGGGGUGAGGGCUGUUGAGGAGGGGAGGGAUGGGGAACGGUUGGAGGACGGAGAAGAUGAUGAUGAGGACGAGUCGGCGCCGCCUGAGUUUGAUUUGAGAACUGGGAAACUGAUCAGCCAUAGUCGGCCGAUGAGGAACGGCGUGAGGAUGGUGAAUGGGGAGCCGAAGAGCGGGGUGAGUGCCGUCGAACGAGAAAAGACACCAAAUAGUGCCUUGGCAUUGCGGCCCAAGGCUGAGCUGGCCAUGGUCAACGGCGUUGUCAGUCCCGGCGCUGAGUACCUCCGGUCACAACGGACAUGGCAGGGUCUGGGAAGCGACUAUGUCGUGGAAGAGAGCACUGCCAUUGAGGAAGGGAGGAGUGGUAUUGCGAAGGGAUACACUGUUGGGGAGGUUAGUGAAAGGAGGUAGGGAGAGGACAGAACACAGGCAAGAGGAUCACAGCAACGGGUCCAUCUGAGCAGCGCACAAUGUUAUUUAUUGGCGCGAACUCCAUCCAUCUCGGGAAAAAAAAACACACUUUCUUGCCCAGCCCUCGGGUAAUAUAUGUUUGUUUUCUUUCGUCCUCCCCCCACCCCCUUUCCCCCAACUCCCAUGCUUCCCUCAAGAUCUCCCUAUUUUGUCCCCCCUCCGCCAGAUUCCCUCGCGACGUCCAAACGGAGUCGAAAAAAAAAGCUAGACGCGGCCUGCGCCACUGGUCUCACGGCCCGCCCCCUCUUCGCCACCCAGUGCUCCCGA